AUGGCCGACAACACGGAAGGCUCCGGCGACGCCCAGAUCACCUUCAAGGUGAAGACGGGCGGCGACAAGACCCACACCAUCACCAUGUCCGAAGGCGCCACCGUCAUCGAGCUCAAGACGACACUGGCAGGCGAGGCAUACGAGAACGUGCCUGCCGAGCGCCAGCGUCUGAUCUACUCGGGUCGCGUCAUGAAGAACGACGACACGCUCGCCACCUACAAGAUCAAGCCCAACAACACCAUCCACAUGGUCAAGUCGGCCGCUUCCAACCCCACGCCCCAGCCUGCCAAUGCCUCCUCCAACGCGGCCCCCGCCGCCGUCCCCAGCAACAUGGGCGCUGGCGUCGGCAGCAACCCCCUCGCCGGCCUCACCGGCGCACGGUACGCCGGUCACGUCAACCUGCCGAGCCGUGAAAUGUUUGCGCUGAUGAGCGUGAGUAUCCCUUUUCGCUGCUCUGCCGAUGCUACUGCUGCAAUGAUGACCAACCCGGACAUGCUCCGCAACGUCAUGCGGAUGCAGCGCGGCAUGAUGGGCGGCCAGGGCGCCAGUCCCUUCCCCGCCCCCGGCGCCACCGACAACACACCCGACAACGCCGCUGCGCCUGGCGGCACCCCGGGCAGCAACCCCGCCGGCGGUGCGCCCAACCCCUUCGCCUUCCCUGGUCUCGGCGGCUUCCCUGGUCUCGGCGGCUUCCCUGGAGGCGACAUGAACAGCAUGAUGGCCAUGCUCGGUGCCAUGAACCCAGGGGGUGCUACUGCUGGCGCGCGCGGACCGGGUGGUGCCACGCCCGGUGCCACAGGUGACGCUGCAGGCGGCGCCAACCCUUCGUCGCCAAGCCCGCCCCCGGCCAACCCCUUUGCCGCCCUCUUCAACCCGCCGCCCUACCCUCAAGGCCAGACCCCGGGCCAGGAGCAGCCUGGGCAGGGCCAGCCGGCCAACCCGUUUGGCCAGUUCAACCCCGAGUUGAUGCAGCAGAUGAUGCAGAUGUUCGGCGGAGGUGGAGGUGGAGGAGGCUUCGGCAGCCCCGCGGCACCGCCCGACAACCGGCCCCCUGAGGAGAGGUACGCCGAGCAGCUGCGCCAGCUGAACGACAUGGGGUUCUACGACUUUGAUAGGAACGUCGCUGCCCUCCGAAGGAGCGGCGGCAGCGUCCAGGGUGCUGUGGAGCACCUCCUCUCCGGGUUGAACGGUGAGGGCGAGGGCGCAUCGGGGCAGGAGGAAAGGCGGGGAAUGCGGAGCUGA